UCUCAGGUCGGUUCGCCGGCAGCUCUCAGGUCCAGUCGGGAUGAUGACAGCCCGCUGCUGCUCGAACUAGUCCGACUGCUCGUGGUGCUGUUUGAUCAGCGUGAGGAGGAACGAGGCUAAACGGCCGGUACCGGUUCUAACGGUCACCGGAUCCACCUCCCGAGCUGCCGGUGGAGCGGACGGACCGGAGCGGACCGCCGCACGGAGAGCUGCUGGUGGUGUCCCGGUAGACAUGUGGAGGACACCGGGAGGAGAACCGUAACGAGAGAGAAAAGAAAUCAGAGCCAGCCGAGCAGCCAGAGGGACGAGGAGGAUGCAGUCCAGGAGCACCAGGCCUCCUGACGGGGGGUACGGCUGGGUGGUGGUGGCCUCGGCCUUCCUCACCAUGGGCCUCACCGCUGCUGUCCUCAAGAACUUCGGCCUCUUCUUCCUGGACAUCCAGAACCACUUCGGAGUCCCGCUGAGCACCACCUCCUGGGUCACCUCCACCACUAUUGCCUUGUUUCACCUCGGAGGUCCGGUAGCCAGUGCGCUGACCUUACGGUUUUCCCAGAGGGUGGUCAUUAUGGUCGGAGGGCUGCUGACCACUUCGGGGAUGAUGCUGGCGUCUCUGGACCUCAGUCUGCCCUGGCUCUACCUCAGCAUGGGGGUCCUGCAAGGUCUGGGCAUCUCCUUCUCGUGGAUCCCCGCCAGCAGCAUGGUGAGCCACUACUUUGUUCGCUGGCGUCCCAUCGCCUACGCCAUCGCCAGCUCGGGGGAGUGCGUCUUCGCCGUCAUGUUCGGCCCCUUCUUCCAGUGGCUCAUCGAGACGUACACGUGGCAGGGCGCCUUGCUCGUCAUCGGAGGCCUUCAGCUCAACCUGUGCGUCUGCGGCGCCCUCAUGAGGCCUCUGGAGUCGAGCCGGGACGCCAGAGACUGUCUGGAAGCAGACGCUGCUGCGCCGCCACCCAAGAGGAAGGCCUUCUUCCAGUGCUCCCUCAUGACCAAACCAGAACUCCUGCUCUACAUCCUGUUCGCCAUCUUCGCAGCGGCGGGGUUCUUCAUCCCGCCUCUCUUCCUGGUGCCCUUCGCCAACAGCCUGGGGAUGGAUAAGUACUGGCCGGCCUCCAUCCUCUCCGUCCUGGCGCUGGCCGACCUGGCGGGGAGGCUGGUCUGCGGGUGGAUCGCGAACAUGCGGCUGCUGAGGAACCUGCAGCUGCUCACCAUGGUGGCCACUCUGCUCGGGGUGGUUCUGCUGCUGCUGCCCAUCAGCCACAACUACUGGGUCAUCCUGGUGUUCGCCUCCCUCUACGGCUUCCUGUUCGGCUGCGUGGUGGCCAUUCACAUCACCUCCAUCGUGGACAUUGUGAGCCUGGAGGGGUUCGACAGCGGCCUGGGGCUCUUCAUGAUGUUCAGGAGCAUCGGGGGUUUCAUUGGUCCUCCUGCUGCAGGCUGGCUGGUGGACCAGACCAAAGACUUCAGCGCUGCCUUCUACCUCUCCGGCCUCUGCCUCAUCACGUCAGCGGUGUUUGUGGUGGCGGUCGACAGCCUGCUGCAGAAGAGGAAAGCCGUGGAGGCUGAAGUUCACCAGGCCAUUAACACACCGGAGGACUGGCAGCCGGGAAAAGUCAAGUGAGACUCGGUUACGUAAGACGUCUGACCGGCGGGCGAAUGGAAGCUGCACAGUUACUUCAUUUUUGCACUUGAACAUUGAUUCAGUCGCGGCUUUUACAAUCAAACUUAGAAACAGUCCACUGAUGUGUUGGCUGGCUGGUUGCAACCUGGAGACACUCUGCAGGACACACAAGUUGUUUUAACCCCGGAGGACCAAACAUCGGAUCGGUUCAACUCCUCACACCUGCCGAGCUUUAAGUCUGAAACACUGCAGCAGGUUUCAUCUUCAGCACUGAUGCUCUCAAGAGUUUACAGAAUACAGCUGACGGUGUUCGACCACAACAACUUCCAUGAAAACAGCUAAACCAGCAGAGUUAGCUUCUUGUCAAGCUGUAAAUCUUAAAAGAGGUCACAGACAGACAGCUGCAUUUCUACAGAGGUGAAGUGUUUUCCUCAAAAACCAGUUCUUAUGUUUUGCACAAGAGGGUGUAAAGAGUUAAACUGCAGAACAUGAUAUAAAUUUCUCAGCUGUUCGAUCAGCUUAUCUCACCAUGUUUAGGAACAGCUCAGAGAAAGAAGCCUGAAUGUAGGACUGUUGGUUUGGAUCUUUUCACUUCUCUUCUAACUUCGCCGCUGCAGCAUCACUGCUGUAGAACAACAGGUAAAUUCAUGAGCUGUUGAUUGAUGACAUUUUUGUUUUUGUCUGUUGACUGACUGAGAAGUCGUCAGCAGGACGUUGGGUCUGUCGCUUUAAGGCUUGAACCUGCUGCAGCAUGUGGGUCAGGCUGCUCGGGUUCCUCUCGUUACUGGAGCGCUGACUUUCUGUGAACUCGUGAACCGCCGCCGCGGAGCGCUAAUAAAUAUUUAUCCUGCCCACUUGUUCUUAUGCAAUAGAGACUUUUUAAAGACUUGAAAAGGAAACAAGGUUUGGCCUUUUGGAACCACUUAAGUGUUUAAUAACCCUCCAUAUAUAACCUGUUUCACCUGACAACAAACACUCUAAGCUGUUUCAGUGAAUUAAUUGCAGGCAGCAGGUCGUAGCUUCAGCUGUUUUUAUGUCUGAAUGUAUGAUUCAGUCGUCGAGCUUUAAAAUGGUUUAAUUAGAUAAAAGGUUUUUUCAUAUAAACUGUUGUAAAUGAAUCAUUUCACAGAAUCAGUCCCUGCACCGAUGGUUUGAAUGAAAACUCACUUUUAUUGAACUAUAAAAAUCAGUCUUUAAGUUUUAAA